CAAUCAUGAAGUAUUUACUAGUGAUUGUAUUGGUGUUUGUAAUAACAGCUAAGGAGUUUAGUUAUAUGGAAACAGGUAAACAAAGAAAUUGAAUAUAGAUUGUUUGCCUGCAACUGAUUUGAACGGUCAAAAACAUGAUCCAACAUAUGCAGAACAAGCAAGAAAACAUUUGACUAAAUAUGCCGAAUAAUCUACUGAAGAUAUGAGGAAGUAUUCAGGUAGACAACCAUAUCCAAAUCUGAAUACUUACUCUGAAUAAAAUUGCGCUGGAAGCGGGGCAGAUUUACCUAAAAGAGAUAGAAGAUUUAGAAGAGCAGGAUGA